GCCAAGGCCGCCAGACGCUGACUAAGAAGUCGCUUCAUUUCUCCAGCUGCUGCGCCGUGUCCAUGUGCUACCUUCUCAUUUGCAUGCGUGGAAGGUUCCUGAUUCAAUAUGGCAGAAACUUCACACCUGGACAACUUCAUCGGACAAAGGAGCAUCAGCUGUUGAAAGCAUAACUGAAAAUCUUGUUGGUCUUUAAGGUACUACUGGACUAUUCUAUGGCAGACCAACACAGCUACACUCUGAAACUCUGAACAACUAUCCAUUUUGCUGAACUUGAGAAACUGAGCAAUACAAAAUACUGCUUACAUGCUUUAUGACAAAAUACGAGCACCUGCCGUUGACCUACUAACAUACAUUUGCCAAUGCUUAACUCUUAUCCAUAUACAGUUGAAACAGAAGGCACAAAGACUCCUCAGUCUCCGCCGUUCUUUGUUAAAUUUGAGUGCAGUUGCCACAUCAAAGUGAAGAGCGGUUUCUGUCUGAAAGUUUAUUGUUGAAAAGGAGGACAUAUAUAAAUAUCUUUGCUAAAUAAGAACUGGUAAUUCUGUUGAAAGCAGCUGAUUCAGUUGUCUUGCAUUAUCCAAGCAUAGCAUAAAAUUCAAAUUGACCUGUUUCCCCCCCCCCCCCCUUAUAGGCCUUUUUCUCUCAAUAUAGGGCUACACUCAAACAUGCAAAGCAGAAUGGCCCAUGGCGUCCCACAUCUACUUAUUCAUUUGACAAAUAGAUCUCAGACCUGUAUGAUGGUGCCUGCUCUCUCAGCCUUGCAGAAUCAAAAAAACUUCAGAAAUUUUUUACAGCAUUGUGGAUACACAACAGAGGUGACUUUGCAAGGGGAGAACAAAACUACAACUGAGAGCCUCUAUGAGUUAUCUGUGGAUAUAAAGAAGAUCCGUAGGCUGAAGCCCUGGGUACUCUGGAAGGAAGUGACGUAUGCCAAAGAAACAGCUGAGAUUUUGCGAGAAAUGGGAGCUGACAGGAAUGACGUAACACAUAUUUUUGAGCGCUGUCCAGAGGCAAUCCUUUGUAGGCCUACAAGUAUCAGGAGUCAGAGAGACCUGUGGUCAUCCGUCUGCCCAAAUGAAAAACAACUGGUGGAAUUAAUAAAACGCUUCCCAGAAACCUUUUUUGCAGUUGAGCACUAUGAAAAACAGAAAGGUAACAUUAGAUUCUUUAAAGAUUUAGGCCUGAAAAAUACGAUUAUCAGCAGACUCCUAACAAGUGCCGCAAACAUCUUUUACAAUCCUGUUGAGAAGAACAAACUUAUGAUAGAAACUUUACAAAGAAACUAUCUAUAUCUAGGCGGUUCAAAAGAGAAUAUGAAAACUUGGCUACUGAAAUUACUAAGUCAAGACCCAUUUAUUUUGUUAAAUAGUCCUGAUGCUGUCCAAGAGAAUUUGCAGUUUCUUCGGAAGAAUGAUUUCACAGAUUCUGACAUUUUAAGUCUCCUGUCCAGGCUCAAAGGGUUUAUUUUUCAGCUUAAUCCUGUUACCAUGCAGAACAGCAUGCUGUUCUCAAAGAAUGCUUUCAAAUGCAGCAAUGAAGAAUUAAGAGGACUGAUAAUAAAAUGUCCUGCCCUUCUUUACACUUCUGUUCCAAUUCUGGAGGAAAGGCUGGACAGACUAUUAAAGGUAGGGAUUUCUCUAGGCGAAAUAAAUGAUGUUCCAUCAGUGUUAGAACUAACACCAGAAAUAGUGCAAUAUAGAAUUAAAAAAUUAGAUGCUAUAGGAUAUGAUAUAAGAGGUAAUCUAGAAAAUGUAACUGGGACAAAAAAGGAAUUUGAAGCCACAUAUGGAAAGAUACAAGCAAAAAGGGAGAGACCAAUAUUUAAUCCAGUGGCCCCUUUACAUAUUGAAGAUUAGUUUCUACUUAAGUUGUUAUAGUGGAUGAAAAAAGUUACCAUGAUCAUAUUUUCACGGCAAUAAACCAGCUCUAACUAGUA